GUAUGCUCAUCUUUAAUUUUGAGUAUAUAUCUUAUCCUCUCAUCCUUUUCUUCAAGAUAUCAUUCACAUAUACAAUUUGAAUCACAUACUCUUUAGCCUCAGUACAAUGAACUUGUAUCAAUUCAUUUUAUUGUUCCUAUCCAUUUUCUUCAUCAUAGUAUACAAUAUAUGGAGGCGCACCAAAAAUGUUGUUGCACUAAAUUGGCCAAUAAUUGGCAUGCUACCAUCACUUCUCCUUAAUCUAUCCAAUUUUCAUGAUUUUAUAACCUUAGGUUCCAAACACUAUGGAACCACAUUUCAUUUUAAAGGACCUUGGCUCACAAACAUGGCCAACAUUAUCAUCACUUGUGAUCCCAUGAAUGUGAACCACAUCACCAGCAAAAAUUUCAGCAACUAUGGGAAAGGAUCUGAUUUCCUUGAGAUUUUUGAUGCUUUCGGUGUUGGUAUUUUUAAUUUGGAUUCCAAUGAAUGGAAACAAGAGAGGGCACUACUUCAUUCGUUGCUAAAAAGGAAAAGCUUUGAGAGUUUCCAUCAAAAUAACAUUCAAAAAAAGCUAGAGAGUUGCCUAUUACCACUUCUUGAUCUUUCAUGCAAAGGUGUACAAGUACUUGAUUUACAAGAUAUUUUUGAGAGGUUUUCCUUUGACAUCGCGUGUACUUUUUUAUUUGGAUUUGAUCCAAAUUCCCUUCCUUACAACUUCAAUGAAUUUUCAGAUGUUGCUUAUGUAAAAGCCCUUGCUGUGCUUGAUGAUACGCAUUUGUCCAGACACCUAAUUCCAAAAUGUAUUUGGAAGGUACAAAAAUGGCUACAAAUAGGUCAAGAAAGGAAGAGAAAGGUAGCUCGAGAAAAUCUUCACCAAUUCUUGUACAAGUGUAUAACUUAUUCGAAAGGUCUGGAUGAAUAUCACCCAUGCUUGCUAAAAGAGUUAAUGAAAAGAGGCAUGGGAAAUGAUGAAAGGGUUGAGAAGCAUUAUCUUAGAGACACUGCACUCAAUCUCUUACUUGCAGGAGAUGGAACAAUUAGUUCAGGUCUGAGUUGGUUCUUUUGGCUUGUUUCAACUCAUCCUAUUGUGGAAGCUAAAAUCAUUCAAGAGAUCAAAGAUAACUAUUUAGCACAAGAGGAGAAUUCUAUUACAAAUUUAAGUAUGGAAGACAUUGAUAAGCUAGUGUAUCUUCAUGGAGCUAUAUGUGAAGCCUUAAGGCUUUAUCCACCUGUACCAUUUGAGCACAAGUGUGCAGUCAAAUCUGAUGUACUACCUAGUGGACACCAUGUUAGUGCAAAUACAAAGUUAAUAUAUUUUUUUUAUGCAAUGGGAAGGAUGGAAGAAAUAUGGGGAGAGGAUUGCUUGGAGUUUAAGCCAGAGAGAUGGAUAUCAGAGAAUGGACAGAAUAUACAUGUUCCGUCUUACAAGUUCAUAGCAUUCAAUGCAGGUCCAAGAAGUUGUAUUGGAAAAGGUAUAAGCCUUAUUCAAAUGAAAAUGGUUGCAACUUCUAUUUUAUGGAAGUUUCACAUACAUGCUGUGGAAAGUCAACGUGUAACACCAAAGAUUUCUAUUGUUCUUCGCAUGGAGCAUGGCUUGAAAGUCAAAGUUAGUAAAAGAUGCAUCUGAUAUAAGAAUUAUAAUAAGUUUUGUGAUGUCAAUAUACAUUUUCUGUGUUUCCUUCAACCUAUAUGCAUGUGCACUGUUGUCAUAAUUAAAUAAUGUUAUGGUGAGACUAUGUUAUUUUGUAUUUGUGUUUGUUACUAUGAAAUGGAUGCAUAUCUUUAAUGUAAUUCAAUUAGUUUUACCUUUUAUAUAUAAUUUUUAAAAGAGAUUAAUACUCCUUCUAUUU